AUGGCACCCAUCAAAGUCGCCGCGAUCCAAGCGUCUUCGUGUGCCUACUCACUCGACGAGUCGCUCGGAAGAUUGUGGACCCUCACAAAGGAGGCUUCGGACGAAGGGCGAGCACAGCUGCUCGUCUUCCCCGAAGCGUUUCUCUCCGCGUACCCACGACACCUGGGAUUUGCCAUUGGGAGUCGAACGCAGGAACAAAGGGACUGGUAUGCGAGAUACUUGGAAAGCGCGGUCAAGAUCCCGCCGGGCGCCAUGGGUCAACGUUAUGGCGACCAAUAUCGUAGCGAGACUCGUGAAGCCGCGGCCAAUGAUUCGGAUGAGUUUAGGGCGUUCAGAAGAAUAUGCUCAAUCGCCGAGGUUUUCAAAGUCGUAUGUAGCGUGAAUACAAUGCGCUGGACGCGCAAGCGUCGCACUGAGACCUCUUUCUUGGCCCAUCCCUUUUCGCAGUUCUUGUCGGUCGGCAUCAUCGAGCGCUCCCUCGUCGGUGCGACGUUGUGGUGCAGCAAUAUCCUCGUUUCCCCCGAGGGUAGGCUCUUGAGCCUUCAUAGAAAGCUACAGCCCACGGCUUGCGAGCGUAAGUUCUAUAUAUCUGGGUUCGUGCUCGUCCGCUCCCAACUGAAGACACUGAUGACUGUCUCCUUUACAGGCGUCGUAUGGUCGCAAGGCCAUGCGUGGAACACUCAACAAGAGUCCAACUUGCAAGUUGUGGAUACAUCCAUUGGAAAGGUCAGUCUCCCCGAGUGGCAUGCUGCUAUCAGCAAGGCCUCUCAGAGGCUGACAAGAUGCUUCACCCGGCCAUGUGGGGCGGCACAUUUCCAGAUUGGCGGCCUGAUUUGCUGGGAGAACUUCAUGCCCCUACCGCGAUACGCGCUCUAUCAGAAGGGUGUCGAGAUGUACGUCGAAAAGCCUGCUCUUCCUUGUUCGUGUACUCGGAUGAGUGACGACCUCAAAUUUGCUUUUCUGGAACGGAGCAGUUGGACGGCACCGACCGCCGACGCUCGACCGACCUGGACUCCGUCUAUGCAGCACAUCGCUCAGGAAGGGCGGUGCUUCGUCAUUUCUGGUGCGUCGAAUUCUACCACAUGAAUCUGAAGUGUCAAGCUCAAGCUCUACCCUUGUUCUCCUCGCAUCAGCCAACCAAUACCAUAAGCCGUCCGACUACCCCGCGGACUAUCCCGCCAACGCCUUACCCGCUAGAGCCCCCGAAGCGGCCGAAGCCGAAGUCUGGAGUCGCGGUGGAUCGGUCAUCGUUGAUCCAUUAGGAACGAUCUUAGCCGGCCCUGUAUGGGACGAGGAAGGUAUUCUCUACGCUGAGGUUAGUGUGGUGAAGUAGUGCUGCGCGCUGCUCACUGCGCACUGUGUUCCGCUCGGGGCUGACAAGCCACCUUGAGCCCAUAGAUCGAUGUUUCCUCCAUUCCUGGGACCAAGUUGGAUUUCGACCCUGUUGGUCAUUAUGCGAGGGAAGAUCUGUUCAACUUCUCUGUCCCUACGGAUCACGCCUGA